AUGGUCGAGUCUUUUAACGUUACUGCUGCGUUUCAUUCGCAGCUUAACACUUUAUGCAUUAGAGAAUUCCCUUGUGGAUAUGGAAGUUGGGUUAGAUAAAACUCUGUCUUUGUACGAUAGGUGUAAUCGUAUUAAGUUUUUAAAAGUUUAAUAUGUGUUCAUCUGAACCAGACUGAUCAUUUUACAUCCAUAUCUAACACAAAAUAACGGGUUUUGUGUUUAUUUUAGAGAGCCCCCAAUGUGAGCAGUAAUUUAAGCUUAAAAAGUACCACAGAAGUAAAAAGUAUGGGUACCUUGAAACCUGCCAAGUCGACAUCAACUCUACCUGCAAUAAUUCCAGGUGAGCAAAACAAAAUGAUACUUUAUAAUCGUUAUUAUUAUCGGAAAUAAUAUUAAUAGUUAAUCAUAAUGAUUUGAAAUUUAAUCAGAAUGAACUGCAGUGGAAGAAAACAAAGCAAAAAUAUGAUGUCAUUUUACUACUACAACCAGAAUCCUUCAGGGGUUUGCAUCCUUGUGCAAAUUAAGGCUUUUGUUANGAUUAUAUUAUUAAAGAAGAAGAAGACAGUAUUGAAGAUCUUGAUGGUGAUAAUGAUAAUUAUGUGUAAGAGAGUGUUAUAUGUUUUUUUUAUGUUUUUUUUUUUUUUGGUGGUGUGUUUUUUGGGUGUAAUGGUUUGGGUUGGUUUUUUUUUUUUUUUUUUUUUGGGGGGGGGGGGGGGUGUGUAGCAUGAUUUAAGUAGGAAUUUCUUGGGGGUAUUCAAAACAAUCUGAAGAUUCAUGAUAGUUCCCGCAUACGCCCAGCCAUGUAGUUUUGUGAAUAAAGUAAACCAAGAGAGCAAAUUUUUAUGGCUCAGAAAUUCAGCAUGGGGUUUUUGGGGGGUUAAAUUUUGGUCCAGGGAUUUUAUUGGGUUUUAUUUGAAGCCCAGGGGAUUUUUGGGGGUUUUGAUUUUUGCCCCUAUUCGAUCAUCCAUGUCACUUGAAAUCCAGAGAACCCCCCUGGGGCCUCAACACAUCAAUCUUGAAAGUGAAUCGUUUGAAAAUCUGCUCGACACUUCAUGGUGAAAAGUACUGCACUCUUAAAGAUAAAGAAGACUUCAAGAUAAACACUCUGAGAUUUCAAGAUCAGAUCAAAAUUUCUGGAGACCACUGAUUUUUUUUUUACUGCAUUCACCACUUCUGUUUUGGUAAUAAUAUUUUUAUCUUUCUAUAUAUUUAUUCAGUACAGUAUUUUGGCUCUAGUGUCAGAGUGCCCAUGCAAGCUUGGUUUAAGACAAAAAGUUAAAUUUUGCUGUGUUUUGCAGAGAAUAGUGCACAGUUAGAGACUGUUGAAAGUCUACAAGCUUUGGCUAUAAAGAUCCCAUAUGAUGUGGACUGCAGUUGGAGUAGUGAAGCUGCAAGCCUGCGAGAGAUUGCUGUGAAGUCACCAGACAAACUCACACAAAAUUUUAUUCUCAAGUUUUUUAAAUCACUCCAAAUUGUAGACAAAAAGGUAAACUCCUAAAGAAUGAAAGGCUUAGCUUGUUCAGUUUCUAAGUAGUGGUUUUUAGGUUAAUAUUAGCUGUGGGAAAACCUUUGGCCCUUGGGGUUAUAUAAGGGGUUAAAAGUGAGAAUUCAAAGCUUGUUUUAUGAAUCUUAUGAGUCAAUGAGUUCAUCCAUAAGGCAACUUAUAAGUGUGGUUGGGGUUGAAGUUAGAGGUUGGGUUAAAGGUUAGGUUUAGGGUUAGGGUUGGGUGACUCAUGACUCAGUGAUGCUAAGACUUAAAUUCUCAUUAAAGACAGGAUAAAAAACGGAGGUAUGGAUCAAUAUGUGUUGGAUUAUAUAACAUAGGAAGUCUGAUUUUAUAUAUUCUUCUUGUGUUGAUUAUUAUUUUGGUUUUACACUUUAUUUUUAAUCAGGUAACAGAAAUUGAUGAUGGACUUCUUCAGCUGAAAAAUCUAAAGCAACUGACACUGAGUGCAAAUCUAAUCAAGCAUGUUGACUCCAAGAGACUUCCAAAAGACUUAGAGGUACUGGUACUUAAAUGUUAAGCUCAAAAAAAUACUUCAGCAAUUCUUUUUUGUCUAAGUUGACUAAAAGUAUUUGGUUGUUGUUUUACUUGACAGGAACUGGAACUUGCAGCCAAUCAAAUUUCAGACAUCAGUUCACUAUGUGUUUGUCCCCCACCUCUCAUCCAUUUAGGCCUGAGCUACAAUCAAAUUUCUUCCGUCACAGGCCGCAUGAAGGCAAGUUCAUGGUAAGUCAUACUUUCAAGUUCAUGCUGACUCAAUCAAAUAUUCAAGGAAUCUCAAAAAAAGAAAUGGCAUUAAAAAUCUGCCCUUUUUCACAAAAGAAAAAAAAUUAUUUCACUAAAUUAUUCAUGCUUAUGAUAAGCAAAAGGUAAAACCAUUUAAUAAUCCUAUAAUUUCCUCCUUUUCUUUUUCAGGCCUCAUUUACUAUCAUUAGACUUAAGCUUCAACAACCUUGCAGAUCUCUACAGCACUAUUAGUGUACUGAAAACUUUACCAAAACUAAAGAAUCUUGUCCUUCAAGGAAAUCCUUUGGCAGUAAGUCAUCAGAGUUAUUUUAGGUUUAUGUAAAAAAAACUGUUGACCGCAUACCCCCUUGUCAACUGAUAAUUAUUCAACACCUGAGCACAUGUAAAUGUCUGCAUGCAUAACAAAACCUAAUUUAGUAGUCUAUGGUCAAAUUAGAUUCCUUUUUAUUUGUGGAUUAAUAUUGCCCCUAAAGUAUCUUUUUUAUCCAGCUGGUACCAGGCUACCGUGGUUACACAAUCGACUCUAUUCGUCAGUUAACCAUUCUUGAUGACAUCAGAAUUUCAGCAGAUGAGAAACACUUCUUUAAAGGACUUUCAAAACUCAAAGGUAUUUGAUUGUUACCAAGCGUACUGUUAAGUCUAUCAUUAUGAUAACUAGAAGUGAGUGUACAACAUAAUUAUUAGAAUUAAUUAAUUAAUUAUCGCCCUGUCAAUAAGAACCAUGAGGGAUGGAUUUUGUUUGUUGGUGAAAGUGCUGAUCUUUACGACUUUUUUGAUGAUUUCUCUUAGAUGUUCCAGUAAAUGAAGCCCAGGUCAUCAUAUAUAUCAAGAGUAUUAAGGGAGUUAAAAUGCCAGAAGAGAUUGAGGUCAGUAUAUUACACAAUGUGUUUAUGUUUAUAUUAUUUUAUUUUUGCUGAGGGGUUUGCAAUUAUUCAAGUGAGCACAUAAAAAAACUGAAUUUACUCAGCUGACCAUUGUUGCCCCAUCAUUAUCCCAUCUGGAAGAUUGAUGUAACAUUAAGUUUCAAAGGAAUCAGUGUGCUGUUUUGGUGGCAAGUAAAGUACUCAAAUUAAAUCAAUCAAUUUAGAGUGGCCAUUUGACUCUAUCAAUUUGGUUGAUAAUUCUUUCAACCAAAUGGCCACAGUAAAUUGAUUUAAAGGCUGAUGUUUCAAGCACAAGCUCUCCAUCAGAGUGAGUUGUCUUUCUGUACAAAACUUUGCUUCAGGUUGUCUGUUCAUAGUAUUAAUACUAUUAGGUUUUUCAUGCUACAUUGUCCAUGAUGGACAUGGCUUUGGUGAGUAGGCCUCAUACUGUACUUCUUUCUUCAGGCAGAAGUUAUUACCCUUAAAUAAAUAUAUUGUCCUGUAAAAAUUUUGAGCUCAAGUACUGCCAGUCAAGUAGCUAUGGCAUAAAUAAUACUUUGACACAAGGAACAACUCAUAUCAUAAGCAAACAAAUGAAAAUGUGAUGCUGGGGGGUAAAGGUGAAAAACUUGGAGUACACCAUAUAAUUAUUGCUCACCUUUGGUAAACACAUUUCUUGUAAUUAUAGAGUUAACUUGAUGUACUCUUAUUGCACAGGAUCCAGAGAUAAACUCUGAUUUCCCCAAGACUGAGCACAAGUACCAUGUGGAGUUCCAGUUCCUCAGGGCGACACCCACUGUAAUAUUGUGUGAGUCUCCCGCUCUGUCAAUACCGACUAUCUCUUUUGUACCAGAUGACUGCAGCAGCAUUGCUCAAGAGGAAAACACUGACAAUAGUCAGAGCAGUGACAAUUCAGGUCAGUUGCUUUAGUCCAAUGUUAAUUAGAAAACAAUACCCAGGAAUUUAGCCAGCUAGCCAAACAAGGUGGCACUUAAAAUAUAGUGAGACCAAAACAGCGAAGUCCAGGUGCUAGGCGGUGGUUAAAUUUAAAGAGACAUUGUCAAUGACUAUGUCACCACUUUUCAGUGUCUUGUCUGCUAGUGACAUUCCGGAGUACUUCUGGUCAACGCCUAAAAGAAAAGGGGAAGAAAACUUCCCCCAUGGUGCUUGAUCUUUCAUACAACUUUCAAGAUCUCAAAAGUCUUCCAGAUCAAUAUCCCUCAGGAGUGUGUUAACAUAUGUAGUUAAAGGACAUCCUGAGUAGCAGCAUCAAUAUGGUGCAAAAGCUGGCUAGUUAUAAAAUGAAUAGUAAAAAAAUAAUUAUCAGGGGCUGAUUAGCUUAAAAUUAUUUAACACUAUGGUAUAAGCAUAACAUUGUGUUCCUCCCACUCUUUGGGCUUCCUACUUUUCCCUGGCUUCCCCUUCUUUUAAACUCAAAGGUAGUGAUAGUGACUGCAGAAAGUUUGCUAUAUAUAUUUACAUGAUUUAGGUAGCUGCUGGAAAUACCCUGUACCCCAAAUCUCUUUUAACAGAUCAUAGGCAAGCCUUAAUCACUACUCAUAAUGGGAACCUGUCAUAUACAAUGAACAUACUGUACAUACUUCCUCAAUAAACUAUAAAUUGUUACAUGUACGAUCAGUUAUAAUAUUACUAUUUGCAUUAGUAGAAAAGAGUAGCAUCAUAUUGACAAAACAUUAAUGCUGUCUAAAGACAAUACAUUUACAUUGGUGUAUGUAUAGCAUCACUAUAAAAUGAAACACUUUAUCUGUGGUUAAGUUAAAAGUGACUUUUAAUAAAAGUGGUGUUAAAAGGAAUUAAAUCGUUAUUUAUAAAAGUGAUGUUAUCAUUCUUUACAGGAAAUUUUCAAACAGUAUCAACAGGAAGUUUGCCAUGGUCUGAAGAUGGAAUAGAGCUUGACUAUAGCAAGAAAUUUCACACAUCUCUGCUGGUUCCACUGCGAGAUUUCAUUCAAGAUGGUAUAAAUUUUACCGUGAUAAAGACAAAACACAUGUAUGUGCUAGAGGACCCGAAUGCUGCACAGAAUACUGAAAGCAAGCCUCCAGCAUCAGCAAAAAGUAGUAAGUCACUUCUAAAAUUGUCACCGAUAUUUUUACUGGUUCAAUAAAUUCUAUUAUGUGCAAGAUGCACACACAUUAUGUAACAAAUCAAGAGAAUUAAUUCAAGACUAUAAUUUACAUGGGUGUUUUUAAGGGUGGGCCGAGGGGACUGUGGUCCGCCCUCUUCUGUGAAAAUUUUGCAUUAUUUUUAAAGAAUUCACAGUAAAAAUAGUUUCUAGUAUAAGGGAGGCAAGUGCUCCCCCUUCUGAAUUUUCCAUACACACCCCUAAUUUAUAAGAGAUGAACUACCUUGGUUAUGUUUAAAUAAAAAUGAUACAUUUUGGUUAUACUUUUUGGAUUAUCAGCGUUUACACCAUGCAUAAAAUGACACAACAUUUAUUUAAGGAUGGAAACAAGGUGGUUCAAAAUACAACAUAGUUUUUUUUUCUGGAACAGGAUAGGGUUUCUGUGUUUUUCUUUGUUUUGCAGUACAGGUGGGGGUUUAAUGACCUAGACACACUCAUCAAUCUUGCUGAACCAUAGGCCUCUGGCCUUGAUGCAGAAUAACUUAGCUGAUUUUCUUGUCUCAGUAAACAGUUGAUGGGAGCCAUGCUUGAAAUAUUAAAAUUUUAUUUAUUUAUUUUUUAUCUACUAAGGUCGACCGGGAAGCAAAUCACAGAAAAGCCCAACAAAGGAGAAACGUAAAGACUCAGGCAAAGCAAAGGAAAAGGUUUGUAAAACAGAGUUUUCCUCAGUUGAAUUUCACAUUUACUGAAGGUAACCAUGGCAGUAAUAAAAAUAUUAUAAAAAUUUGUUAUAAUUCUUAAAUCUUUCACUUAUGCAAGGGAAAGGAUGCUAAAGGCAAGAAAAACAAACAAGAAGACAUUGAGUUGUUUGAGCUUCCACGAACAAGAUCAACUUUGGGGUCAUGUCAAGUCCCUAUUGCUUCACUGCUGGAGGGAGAGCCUGCAGUGGAGGCAGAAUGUGUGUGCUUAAGUGAAGAGGAGACUGGGGAGAGUGACAGGAAAGAAGGGGGACCUGGUGCCAAGUCAGAUGCUAGUGACAAAAAGAAGCAAAACAAAGGUCAGUGAUGAUCAUUGUGCUAGCCAGUUGUAAAACGAGCAAGUCUAGAGCUAUUUAUUGCACGACAAAUUCUCUCUCAGGUCCGUUGAUAGUCUCAUUUAGGUCAGGCACUUUUGAGCGUGGGGUGGGGGUCUUGCUGCACUAAAUAUAGCAGAUUUGGAGGGGGGUGAGCUUUAAAAAGACACAAGAGGCUACCUUAUUUUAAUAAAACAGCAUAAUAUAUUAUAUAAUAUUAAGUGAACCAUAUUGUCAUCUAAAAGUGUUACCCUUGUCAAUAAAAAUAGAAUAAUUUGUUACAAGAAAAAAGGUAAAAGUGCUUGUUCCCGUAUACAAAGGAUCGAGUGAACUUUAUCUGAGUUAUUGCUUGACUAAUAUGAAAUCAAAAAUUGUCCAUUGGUAAUACUACCAUUCCUGCUUUUGGUUUUGAAUGACAGCGGAAGGGUAGCUAAAAAGUGAGAAAGGCUCCAAUCCUGCCCCACUACCCAUUUUUAACCGAAAUCAAAAUUUUUAUGCAUUUUCAAACAAAACACAAAAUGGGGUUUUACCUAGUAAAUGUGCAGAUGUUUAAGCAAGCUGACUUAAAACUGUAGAAUUGUACCCAAUGAUAGCUAAAAAAGCUCAAAAAAUGGAAAAUCCUAAGGUUACUCUGGACUGUUCAUUACUGUUUCUUUUUCGGCAGAUGAUAAGGCUUCUAAAGGCAACCUGCGAGCCGCGACACCAGGCAAAGGCAAAGGUGGGCGAGGAAAGUCGUCACACAAAGAUGACAAGAAAGGCAAGGAAAAAGACAAGCAUGAAGAGAGUAUUGAUGAUGAGGAGGAUAUAGCUCCUGCUCCUCCCCUGACAAUACAAGUGCAAGUUAAACUUCAUUACUGGAAGUCUGCAAGAGAGGCUGCACAAGAAUUUCUGCCACAAGGGGUUCCCUCACAUACUGGGGCACACAACUAA